AUGGCGACAGCCGAAGUAGACGGAGCUAGAUCGUCAGAAAGGUCCAUCAGUUUGGAGAACAAAGAGGAAAAGUUUGAUAAUACUGAAAAUGUUGGUACAGAUGUGGACCACCACUGUCAACCUUGUUUUACUGAAGAUAUGACAGUCAAAUCAUCUAAGUUUUGUGUAGACUGCAAUGAAUUCCUCUGCAAAGACUGCGUUAGAGCUCACAGAAAAUUAAACUGUACCAGGCACCAUCAAAUUGUGGACAAAAGAGAUGACAUAAGCAGCCGUCCUGUAAUGACGAGUGCAGGUGUAUGCUGCUUUUAUCACUCUGAUAAGCAAUUAGAUCAGUUUUGUGAACAGCAUGAUGAAUGUUGUUGCGUUUCAUGUUUGAAUACCAGGCAUAGGGCAUGUAAGGCUAAAUCCACUAUAUACGAGGUAUCAUCAAAACUUUCAGAGGAAGAAAUUAAUGACGUUGAAGAGAAAAUACAAAAGGUCAUAGUAAAGUUGAAUGAAGUCAAAGCAACUCGCUCUAAAGACGUGGAUUUGCUGGUUACUCAGAGGCAACACACCCUGAAUUCCCUCGGAUCAAUAAAACUUGAUUUGCAGAAUGUAUUUGAGCAACUUUACCAAAAACAUACAGAAACUGUUGAAAGGAAAUGUGUGAAACUUCGAGGAAAAUUAGAAAAUGACAUUCAAACGUGCGUUGAAAUGGAAGACAGUUUAAAGAAAUCUGAACUGGCAUUGAAAUGUGAAGAUAAAAUGAAGCAAUUUGUAACUAUGAAACAACUCUUAAAACAACUUGUCAUUGUCGAAACUACAGCGAAUGCAAUGAUAAAUGAAGUUCCGGAAAAGAGUUUGGAGUUGAAGAGAACACCGCUUUGUUCAAGAGUACUGAAUCAACCAGAACUUCUAAUCGAUUUCUCCGAGGAUGUACGUUUAUACAAAACAAUUGGCGAAGCAGACACGGUAUGCCGACGGGUAUUAAGUUUAGAAGUUUACGAAUACGAAAAGACACGUUACACAUGCAUAUAUCGGGGACCGUCAGAGUUGGUAUUUUCUGAUAACUCAUCAAUUUCCAUACAUGACACAAUGAGAAAUCAAACUAAGCAAAUGAGCUUCCCUGUAAAGAUUUCUGCUAUAGCUGUGGAGAAAGAUAAAAUUUUCAUCGCUCUGCAAGAUCAAGGUUUGGUCGUCACUCCUGGGGAAAAUGACAAAAUGAUAACUGUUCUUACAACUGUCGAGCCAUGUGUUGGUAUCAUUAAAUCAUCCAACAUGUUUUAUGUCACAGUUGUGAGCAAUCAUGCAGGCCAGCUGCGGGAAUAUACUCUUAAUGGAAGCCUAAAUAAUGUUUUGAAAACAAACGAUAAGGGAAAAAACAUAUUUACCGGCUGUAUCGGAGAAGUUAAAAUAUCUAAGCAAGAAAUGAAGUUGUAUGUAGUAGAUAGGAACGCUGGUGUCGUCAUUGCAUCUGCAGCUACAUUCAAGAUACUUAAGAUCAUUUCAAAUCUCAACAGUCCAAAGGGAAUUUCUCUAGUGGAUGAUAUGUCUCUCUUUGUUCUGUUUGAAACUGGAGAAGUCAGACAAACUAUAGAUGAGGGAGAAACGUGGAAUAUUGUAUUUAAGAAAGAGCCAGAGCCAGAGCCAAAAGGGAGAAUGAGAGGUAGUACGCGUGAGAAAACAAUAUAUCAUUCUAUCUGUUGGGAUGGAUACUCCUCAAUGUACGUAUCAUGCAUAUCUGGAAAGUGCCUGAAAGUCAUGCAAUAUCGCCUGGAAUUCAGCCAUAUGUAA